UCUUUCCUUGGCCUUGGGUUAGUUUUUCCUCCCUCACCCUCCUGCGGCUCCCGGGUCGGCGCUUGCGCAAGGGACUCAGCGCUGAGAUUGUCUAAAUCCACAGGGGAAAUGGUGGAAAAUUCACCGUCGCCAUUGCCAGAAAGAGCGAUUUAUGGCUUUGUUCUUUUCUUAAGCUCCCAAUUUGGCUUCAUACUAUAUCUCGUGUGGGCUUUUAUUCCCGAAUCUUGGCUAAACUACAUAGGCUUAACCUAUUGGCCUCAAAAGUACUGGGCGGUGGCAUUGCCGGUCUACCUCCUCAUCACUAUAGUGAUUGGUUACCUGCUCUUAUUUGGAAUGAACAUGCUGAGUACCUGUCCCCUGAACUCCGUCAACACAAUCACAGAUAACUAUGCUAAAAGUCAGCAGCGGAAGGAAUACCAAGAAGAGGCCAUCCCAGCACUGAGAGAUGUUUCUAUUAGUGAAGUAAACCAAAUGUUCUUUCUCGCAACCAAAGAAUGUUCUACCAACACCUGAAUUGUAUGUAGACCGACUAUAAGUUUUUGACAUAAUAAUUUUGACCAUAAUUAUCUCUCUUCUGAAUACCUGGUAUUGAAAUACUUUAAAUAUUUAACUUCUUCUUUAAAUAUUUAACUUCAAAUAUUUAACUUUAAAUAUUUGAACUUCUAAGAGAAGUUCAGCUUCUCUUAGAUUAAGUUCCAUUAAUAUUAUAAAUGUUCUCAAGUAUUCGUUAUUAAUGGACAGAAUAAAUAAAAUACUGCAUUACCAUA